AUGUCCAGGCAGCUCUCCCAGCUUCCGACCCCCGACCUCCCAGCUGGCGCAAGCCCACAGUUUGGAAGUUGUACUCAGCCUGCAGGCUCCCUCACAGGGGGGCAUCUGAACUCCAUGACAGGUCUUAAGUCCCUCCUGCAGCAUCCCAUGAAGGGAGACCAGCGUCUAAAAAGCCCAUUGGAUGCAAAAGGUGGGAAUUGCUCCCUUGAUAUGACUUCAACCAUGUCACAGUGUUGUUUUUUGUUCUUGAAACUGUCCAUCCCCAAUAUGUGCAAAGGCAAGCCAUGAAUAAAUCAUACCAGUCUGUUCCAACCACUGCUGCUGUUAUUCUGAUACAAAUGAGUAACAUUAUAAUGCAACAAACAUUAUAUUUUUCAUAUUAAAUGGCACAAAAUAUCACGUUUAAGUCAAUGCUCCAUCACACAUGAUCAUGAUGGCUCUCAUGUGACCUGACUGAGUAUUCACCUGGAUUAUAAUUCCUGCUGUGACCACAAAUUAGGAACCGGAUUACAAUGACUGCUAACGGGUUUUGGUUUAGCUGAAAUGCUAAGCAGGCGUUCGUUGUUGGUGCCUACUAUGCUGAACCAUGCCUACAGCCAUUGUGAGAUUCACCUAAGAAUCUUUGCAUGUGUUAUGAAAACAAAUAGGUUUUGCCUCUUCAUGCUGCAGUUCAGUUACCAUCUGUUCCAUUUGUAUGUGCUCAUGUUUUUGUGCUCUGCAGACACAUAAUUACAUUUGUUGAUUGCAUUUUGUUUAUACACCAAACAAAACAGUACCAAACCAUUUGUUUUAGACAAAUAUUCAGAGUUGAUGCUAACAACCAUUCAAAGGUGAUAGGACAUCCUGGUGUGCCUAGAUUCAGUACUGUUAUUCAUUGACUGCAUUCUGCACCAAUACUGAUUGCACUCUUCUGUCUCUGGCAGACAAAGACAGAUUGGACCUUGAUGAGGACUCACUGGGAGUCUGCUCCAUGAGGAAUGGUGGUGGGAUUGGCAGCAGUAACAGUAGUACUGGCUGUGGAGGAGGAAAUGGAGGAGGAAAUUUCAACCAGUUCUUGGGGCCUCUCUUAUGGGAUCGCACCCUGCCUGCAGACGGGGGCCUCUUCCAGCUUCAGUACAUGGACUUGGAGGAGUUUCUGACCGAAAAUGGAAUGGGCAGCAUGCAUAAUAAUAACAGCUCCAGUUCAGCCCAAAUCCCCUCACAGAGCUCCCAGUCAGCUGUACCCAACCAGAGCUCCCAGUGCCUACCACCUUCAUCCCCACCUGGCUCAUCGUCUUCAUCGCCCUCUUCCUCUUCUUCACCAUCACUCCUUGGCCUGGAGGUAGCUCAGCCUCAGAGCCUUGGAGGGGGAUCUGACUGUCUUCAUGGUGAGUUGGCUAAGAUACCAAACAACACUAAAAAAACAAUAUGAUAGAAUACCAUAUCUUAGAGUCAGCAUAAUAUUAUGAAUACUCUACAAUAUUAAAGGAAGGGACACAGAUGGACACACUUUGAUAUAAUACAAGUCAAUAUGACAGAGACUUAACAACAAUGCAGGACAAUGCCAUGAGUAUCACAGUAGGAAAAUUGUCAUGGACAUGAGUACUGCAUGUGUUUAGCAGUCUUGUAAUGGUGCUAAUUGACAUAAGACAAAUUAAACAUCAAACAAUUCAUUUGUAAACAGACUAGAAUAUACAGUGUCAGUUACAACCACUGACACAAAGCAUUGGUUCUUAAAUAAAUACACAGACUAUGUACCAGAGGGUAAAAACGAACAAGGUCAGUUCAUUCUCCAAGGUUUGUCUAUAUCAGCUCAACACCGCAGUAUCAAGAAAGAGGGUUCUGCAAACUUUGCAGAGUUGACAAGCUGAGGGAGACACAUUGUCCCCAGCCACUGAUAUGAGACCAGUUCAACCCCUACAAUACAGUUGUGGUUGUGAUGCAAUGAAGGUUAUUUGUUGUGCUUAAUAACGUUUCCCCCGGCUUGUGAUUCAGCACUUUUUACUGUCAUUUGAGUUUAUAGAGAAUACCAUGGUGACCAAGCAUUUUUAAGUCCCACAGGGGUAAACUGAAAGCAGCAGGAGGAGUCACAUGGCCUUUUAUUUUAAAGUCAACUUCAAAGAGAGAGCACAAAUAAGGAUUGGCUGCUGAACAAUGACAAAUGUGUACUUUUCAUUUGAAGCAAAGUGCAGGGUUACAGCCGCUCAAGGGAGAUAGUGAGAUGUGGAGAAAAAUGUCAAAGAAAGGUGAAGGAUUUCGGAGAAAGAGGUGUAGUCGAAGAAAAGAAGUCCUGAGCUUUUUGAUGAGUCAACCUCGUAGCAAUGACAGGGAGGAUUUGGUUGAUUUUGGCAUGUGAUGUGUGUACUGCAGAGUAGAACACAAUCAGCAUUCAGUCCCAGCCAAUUAUUAAUGUGCAGCAGGGUCAAAACAUUACUAAGCGAGGGAGAGAGAGGGAGAAGUGUGUGGAGUGUUUGCGGUUGCGUGUCUUUAAAUCUCUCCCCACUUCACACGCCACAGCCAUGUGUACGCGUCAGUACACGUGCCGAGGCUGAGAGUACUGGAGUGAGAGAACUAGAGGCAGGGCCAGCAGACACGGAGGAGGAGCCCACAGGGGGAGGGACAGACAGAGCAACAGGAAGAGUUUCCCUGAGAUGCCAGACUUUAAAUGAAGCAUUUCAUUAACAAUGAAUGGCAUGUGGUCCACUAGUAUCCACAAGAGAAAUAAUACUGAGUGGAAGAUUAACACAAGAUUUUCACUCCUGAUCUUAAAGGGAAACAUCCAUGUGAAUAAAAUCUCAUAAAUGAAAUGAAAGCCAUAAAUAUGUAUUUUUUUAAAACUGUGAUUUUUAUUACAAAUAAUUCGAUGAAACAUAAUUUUCUUUGAAAUAAAAGUCUUAUGUCUUAUUAUAUAAUUUAGAUUAUGCUAAAGUUGGGUUAAUCAUUCUAACCAACACUUCUGAGAGGUGCUUUGUCUUAAUCAGCAGUAUCAAAGAGGUAUCCAACCAACAGCUGCUUCAUGAAUAAUGAAUUGAACAACACCUGACAACAAAUGGCUAUAUUAGGUACCUAAACAGAGGCCGAGUCACGGUUUAUUUGUACUACAAAUUCAGGCCUUCAUGGAAUGCAGUAGUACAAGUCCUCCAAUGUGUUUAGUCACAUAUUGAAACAUUAUAUGCUGAGUGAAAGCCUCCUGUUCUCUCACAGUGUUUACACGUGGUCAAUGUUCUGAAAACUAGGGAUGCACCACAGGAGGGCUGGGCAUUUGAAGGUUUUCUGCCAGACACCACACCACACCUGGUGGUUGUGCUGAAUAUUUCUUGCUGUUUGGCUUUAGCUGAGCAGCUCUCCAGUUUUUUUUAAGACAGAAGAGUGCUGUGUUUUCCGGCCUCCCCCUGCUAAAAUUUAGUGCUGCUCAUAAAUGCUGCUUGUGUGUCGUGGGACAUGCUCAGGUGUCUUUGACGGCACUCUGGUUCAUUUUGCUGUCUUAUGGAGAAGUUGAAGCUGAAGGAGUUGGAACGUGGGAACAUCAUGAGGGAACACUUUGCACCUUAGGGUGCACCUUAUACACCCAUUACUCAUGUGAUAGCUGCUCAUAUAUUUCAGAUCCCCAGACAACAUGUUGAACAGCUGGCAGCACAUGCCACAGACUGAAGGGCUAGUUUAUUUAAGUUGUCCUGAGACCUCUUACAUAUUUCCCUGCUGUAAAUUGACCACGUGUGGGUUUGUUUUGGCCAUGCAAACAAAUGGUGUUAAUAAUUUUUUUUUUACUUGUAGUGUUUACACUUAGUAGUCCUGUGCGCUUUUGUUGGGGGCUGUGUACAUGCAGCUUUGUGCUGAAUUUGAGGGAUGCAGUUUUUCUGGAUAGUUACCCCCACCUUAUGGAGUCUUUUUAAGUUUCUUUUAGAUUCACCCCUGUUAAGCAUAAACUCACACUCAGCAAACUGUUGUGCAGUCAAAGUAGAAAGUCCUCCCAUACACAUGUCCCUUUUAGGUGCUAUUGAUUUAAUGAUAAUUUUCCUGUUCUGAGCUGUUGUGAUACUUCGAAAAUGUAGCAGCAGUCAAUUGAGUUUGGUGCACUGGGCCUUAAAGGGGGUGGGUGAGGUAUAGCCCCAUACUGGCCCCACUUAAAGAAACUGGUUUCAAGGGGAGGAGUAGAGAGUUAUAUAACAUUUCCACUUUUAGAACUCCCCUUCAGAAUUUGAGUUCUAGAUGUUGGUUUUGGUCUAAUUUAGUAAAUGAUUUUAGUUUAUAAUACAGGCUGAUGACUAAAUACAUUACAUUUGGUUAUAUAUGUGCUUUACAUUGAGUCCAGGACCCCUAGAAGUUUGUCUGUCCUUUAUUCUAGCAGUAGAGCCCAGAAUGAGAGAUUCAUGAUCAAUAUGUUGACAAGGUUUUUUUUUAUUUUUAAUAAAAACUUUUAAUUAUGUACAGAACAUUAAUAGUUUUUAUGUGGAGCUUUGCAAAGACAAGUAUUUCUUACUAUACAAGCCUGCAGCUCCAUUUUGUCCGUCGAUCUGUAGAGUAAAAUGGUCUGUAUUAUGUAAUCACUUGUUUUGCAGAGUCUAUUCACAUAAUACUCUUAUUUAGUUGUUUCUCAAAGCCUUUUAGUUUUAGUGUCCAUGAAAGCUGAUUGAAAAAUGUUCUCAGUAUUCUCAGUGCUGAGUCUGUAAAGAGCUGAAGAAUGUUGUUUGUUGUUUACGCCACUAAGAAAAUAGCUCUCUGCUUCCACCUGGUGGCUGUGGGGAUGUACAACUUCAUGUUUUGCAAUUGUUUUUUGACUUGACUGCUGUGAUCAGCCUCUUUAAUGUUGAAAAAAAUGGCUAUAUGUAAAGAGUAUUAAUCAGUUUUCUCCCCUGUUUUGAUUUCAGGGAGUCAGACGAGUAUGAAUGACUCCUGUGAGUCACCCUGCUCCUCCUCUUCGUCCUCAUGUCCACCUCUUCUGACGCCCACAGACAGCGGGCCUGAUGGAGUUGGAAUGUUUGACAUGGACGCCGCUGACAUGUCCAGCUCCUCAAGCCAGCAGAACUUUGACCCCAGGAGGCAUUCGUUCAGCGAAGAGGAGCUCAAGCCACAGCCAAUGAUCAAGAAGGCUCGCAAGAUCCUGGUGCCAGAUAACAUGAAGGUAAGGGCUCUCCAAAGUGCAGAAUACUCUGAGUAGGCGUGGUUGAUUUGAGAGGUAUUUUAAACACAACAGGAGCAACUGAAGGCUAAUAUUACUUAUUAUUUUUGACAAAAAUGUUGAUCAUAGUUUUCUUUUAAGAAAUUAAUUUGUUAAAUAUGUGAGAAAAGACUUGAAAAUAGAUUAGAGAACAAACAACGUCAUUCAUUUCUGUAGCCAAGAGCAAAGAAAAUCUCCACAUUGGGAGAGCUGGAACCAGAGGUUUAUUUUUCCCUCUAUCCGCUCAGUAGGACUAAAGUGGAGGGAAAAAAACACAUGUUGAAGUCAUACAUUGGUUCAGUUUUAUAAUGUUUGUAUAUUUUACAUGAUUUAUGCAUGUAAUAGUUUUCAAACAGCACCAGAAUGUGAGUUAGGUGUAAGUUUAUCUGUAACAGUGUAUCUACAGGAGAGGCCAGUGAUAGUUGAGGAUCUGUUCUGUUGUUGAAAGGGUAGAACAUGUCCCACAGUAGCUAUUACGGAGUAUUUAAAGCUGAGUGUUAUUCCUGCAGCAGUGGGGUGUGGGAAAUGGAGGAUUUAAGCAUAGUUUAUCCCCUCUCAGGGACUUGCACAGUCCAGACCAAACUCUAAGGAUGAAGUAACAUGUCCCACACUUAUUCAUGGCCAAACACCCACAUUUACACAUCAGUAACAGGAUACAAGAACACUACACACUUCUAAAGAAACACGUCUGACCAUUCAUUGAUUAUUUUAUUGAAGAGCUUCUGCUCGGUGAUAAAUAACAUCAAAAGGAUCAAAUGGGCAGAAAUAAACCGUGUGUUCUGUUUCUGUCUGUCCUCUCUCAGGAUGAGAAGUACUGGACCAGAAGGUACAAAAACAACGAGGCAGCAAAGCGUUCCCGAGAUGCUCGCCGUCUAAAAGAGAACCAAAUCUCGGUGCGCGCUGCCUACCUGGAGAGGGAGAACGCCGCCCUACGGCAGGAAGUUGCUGAGAUCCGGAAGGAACUCGGUCGCUGUCGCAACAUCCUUAGCAAAUAUGAGAACCGCCUUGCCGACCAGUGA